GUCAGUGGAACAUGUCGACCCUGCGCUUUGGACAGCAUCUCAUCAAAGCCUCGGCUGUGUUCCUGCAGACAGAGCUGUCCUUUGCUCUGGUCAACAGGAAGCCUGUGGUGCCUGGACAUGUGUUGGUGUGCCCUCUGAGACCAGUGGAGCGUUUUCGGGAUCUUCGGCCAGAUGAGGUGGCAGAUUUAUUCAGCACCACUCAGAGAGUCGCCAACCUCGUGGAGAAGCACUUCAAUGCCACCUCGCUCACCAUUGCCAUCCAGGAUGGCCCUGAAGCUGGACAAACCGUGAAGGUGAGAACUUAAUAAUUCACUGCCUUUAAAUAUGUCAUGAGACCUCCGCAACAGUUAU